CUCAGCGUCAGCGUGGACGAGGAAGAAGGAGAAGAUGAUGAGGCACAGUGGAUCCAGAAAAAGACGAGUGUCCAUACACUCUCUUCUCUUCAUACCAGCGAUUUUCGCUGCCUUCGGCUUGUUGCUUCUCACGUUCCGAUCCGUUGAUCCAUCAAUCACCGUCGAUUCUCAUUUGCAAGGACCAGAUGAGCUUCGAGAUUCGAGCUCGAGCUUGAGCUCGAGCUCUGAUGCAGUGCCGAAGGGAGGACCGAAAUCUUGCGCCACCGUCGAGGAGAUGGGAGAGGAUUUCAAUGGAGGUUUUGUCAAGGAGAGCCUCAGAGUUAGACAGCUUGUUAGGCGUCAUUUUGCGGUAAACGGGGCUUCAGCAAUCCGUAAUCUUCCUCCUGAGCAGUUCUGCAGACAUGGCUUUGUUUUGGGAAAAUCAUCAGAAGCAGGAUUUGGAAAUGAGAUGUACAAGAUCUUAAAUGCUGCGGCAUUGAGCAUAAUGUUGAACCGUUCCCUGAUCAUUGGGCAAACCAGAGGUAAAUAUCCCUUUGGUGAUUACAUUUCCUAUUCAAAUUCGACCUUUACCCUGAACGAAGUGAAGCAUCUAUGGAGGCACAAUGGUUGUGUGAGAAAGCAUGGAAGACAUCUGGUUAUGAGGAUUGAUGAUUUUGUGAAACCAACAAAAACAGAUGUCCUUUGUGGCAAUUGGAGGAAGUGGGAGCAGCCUAUUAUAUGGUUUCAAAAUACUACAGAUGCUAUGGCAGCUCAAUUUUUCUUGAAGAAUGUACAUUCUGAAAUGAGGUUUGCUGCCUCUGAGUUAUUCGGGAAUCCAGGUUCUCUCCAUUUGCAACCUAAUGUAUUUGGAGAACUGAUGAGAGUACUCAUAUCUCCUUCAGAAGAUGUAGAGGAAGCAGUCAAUUGGGCUCUAGGUGGCAGGGGGGAUCCUGAGUUUUCAUUACACAUGCGAAUGCUCAUGAAUAGGUCUGUGAGAGCUGGACAGGCAGCUUUAAACUGUCUGAGGAAAGCCAUGCGUAACUUUACACAAGGGCCAAAACCUCGGGUGGUUUUGGUAUCAGAUACUCCCGCAUUUGUGAGAAGCAUAAAACCAAAUAUUAGUGAAUUUGCUGAGGUUCUUCAUUUUGAAUAUAAGGUCUUCAAGGGGAAUAUAUCGCAAGAUGUUGGUAGGUUGCCUAGUUUGGAUUUUAGAGUGAGGGAUUGGGGCCCAGCACCUAGAUGGGUUGCGAUCGUGGACUUCUUUCUUGCAUCUCAUGCGAAACAUGCUGUUAUCUCCGGAGCUCACAGGCGAGUUGGUACUACUUAUGCUCAGUUAAUAGCCGCACUGGCUGCAGCCAACAGCCUUGGGGAGAAUUCUACUAGUUCAAGUUUUUCAUUCUUAAGCAGCUUCCAAAGUAAUUUAUUGAGAGAAGGCUUAAAGCUUCAGGUGGGAUGGGGACAUGUCUGGAACAGAUUUGCUGGUCCGUUGAGUUGUCAAAACCAGUCUAACCAAUGUGCUUUCACGCCACUUCUUCCUCCAGGUUGGUGGGAUGGCAUUUGGCAAUCUCCCAUUCCCCGUGAUAUCCGUAAGCUUUCUGCCUACGGCGUCGAACUCUCUGGUCUCGGCACCGUCGAUGAAAAUGAACUUCGAUCUUUCUGCAGCUCGAAGAAAAGAAAGGCGGUAACCAUUACGCUCAUCUAAGAUGUAAUUUCAAGCUUUCCUAUUAUACAAUUCGAUAUCUUUGUGUAUCAAUAUUAUUUUAUACUUAGUAACCACAGAUUAGGCUGUCUAACAUGUAGUUAUUUUAUUGAUCUGGAUCAAAUUUCAUUCUUCAUCUGAUUAACUAAUUGAGAAUAAAAUUAACCAGGUCUCACAUUUCUGGUUUUGUA